AUGUGUCUGAAAUGCCAGACCUAUAACUCUCUGUCAAGCAGCAAAGAAUCGUGCCGGAACUGCGGUGCACCCGCGGCCGCGUCGCACCGAAGCACAAACCCGCCGGUUCGCCACGUCGCACUCAUGCCGCCGAUGUGGAUGUGUACGCACUGUGCCCAUUUGAACACCACCGCUUCAACACCUCCGCCAAACGCUACGCCUCGUGCGCAGCGCAGCAAAUUCAUGUGUGACAGCUGCGGAAACCCAUUUACCGGCGUGCAGACGUGGACGUGCCCGCAAUGCGACCAUGUGUGUCCGCGAGCCGCAACGCAAUGCCCCACGUGUUUUUCGCAAAGACCGGUGCAGUGGACGUGUCGGGCAUGCAGACACGCCAUGAACAGCGUCUUCUCUCUUCGCUGCCGGCAGUGUAAGGUAGAGCGCCCAACGCGCUACUCGAACGCGCUCGUCCGCUGUGCCUUUUGCCGCGACUGGAACGACGCUCGCUGGGAGCUGUGUGCGACCUGCAUGGCCCCCACAACUGUCAUGUUUGAGGAGGUGGCACCAGCUUCGCGCAGCAGCGGAGAAGAGGAAGCGCGAGACCAUCUCAAGGAUCUGCGCGAGCGAUGGAAGCACGUAGUGGACCCGUUAGUGCGGGAUUCAAAAGGACUCUUGCACUCGAAGACGGUUGAGGGCGCCCGUCAAUGUUCGCCGUCGAGUCUGCCAGAGAAUGCCGCACGCGAUGGGGAUGCCAAAUUGCAGCACGCCUCCGUUUCGAUCGCCGCGCGUACAACCACGGCAAUCCCACCUCGGCGCAAGCGCACACCGGUGCCGCUGCUGGACAGAGCGUGGUGGUGCUCCACCUGCAACGUCCCACAGCGGCGAAACGCGAGUUUCUGCGACAUAUGUCUUCAAUCUCGCGACCACGUUCAACGACUCCAGCGGGAGCAGGAGGAGAAGUGGAAGGCAGAGCGACUGGCCAGUCCCGCAGCCCCCGGUACGACGGCUGCAGAAAACCGCUCCGUCAUCCCCGCCAUCGCGGAUGGUGACUGGCGUUGUCCGUACUGCUGCUCGAUGCACAGUGUGGAGGAGCACCAGUGCUGUGGACAUCAACGCGAGGUGCCACCAGGCUACUGGUUGUGCAGCCAGUGCGGCAGCACCAAUCGUCAAGACCGUGUGGCGUGCCUGGGCUGCGGACAGGCGCAGGAGCGCGUGUGCGCCUGGACGUGUGUGGAGUGCAGUCACAAGAAUGCAGGAGAAGCUCUUAUUUGCGGACAGUGCGGUAUCCCACGUCAAGGGGUUGAGCACAGCGUUGCUACCGGUGCUGAAGUGACCACGGGCGACGGUACGGCGAGCACUGCUGCGCGCGCUGGGGACGCUGCUCCCACGCGUAUUGUGUGCCCCGUGUGUGCGGCACCGAACUGGGCGGAGCGGUUGGCUUGCUACCGCUGCCGCGCGCGUCUGCACAACUUCGAGUGGACCUGCCAGGCUUGCGGGCACGGCCAUCACGAUCGUCAGGCGACUCGAUGCACAAACUGCAAGGCGUUUCGCACCUUCGACUUGAGUGAGGAGGUGUGGGUCUGCGAGGUCUGUUCCACGACGGUGUACUCGGGUGGCGAGCUGCCGGUGCGAACGCAGUGCCCUAAAUGCCAGGCGGCGCGGGCGGCCACUACACUUCACUUCCCUGCGAGGUGGCAGUGCCCUUGUGGGGUGUACAACCGCGCGCGCAUCUCUGCCUGUCCGGAGUGCGGCACGCGGCGCCGGCUGCCGUCGCUCCACACCGUUCUCAGCUGCCCCCACUGCUUCCGCGACACAAUUCUCAACGUGAAGGAGGUGUGCGAGCACUGCAAUGAGUCUCUGAGCGACUGCUUCGAGGAUUACGAGAGCCGGAUCCGGGCAGACGGCAUAACGCGCAGCCUACGUGAUAGCCGCCAUGAGGCCGGCGACACAGAGGACGGAGAAGAUGCCGAGGUUGCCACGGUUCUCGAUGGCUCGACGCAGUAA